AUGGACGAACUCCGGGCUAAAUUAAGUCAGAAGUUUGAAGGCAAGCCCAGGAAAGUGCGCUUUCGAAUCUCGUCCGCGUACAGCGGCCGUGUGCUAAAGCAGGUCUACGAGGACGGGCUGGAGUCAGAGGAGCCUGAGGAACAGUAUCCUGGGGGCACAGUUAAAGCCCGGCUGUGCCAGGGUAUCGAGCCGGGCAGAGCAGGAGCCCAUCAGCACUGGGACUCGCCAUUCCCUUCACCGACCAGCCUAAUCGCACAGAGGAUCAACGUGUUCAGAGACGGUGAGAGGUAUAGCAUGACAGGGCGACAGACUGUAUUCAGCAACCUCAGCACGACCCAUUCCAAAGCGUCAACAAUCCUGGACUUCGGAAAAAUCAUCAUCUACACCAGCAACCUGAGGAUUGUGAGGUCCUCAGCCAACCAAAAGGAGCUGGUGAGCGACCCUCUCCAGAACCGAUCGACCCCCAAAGACAGUGAGAGCCUGGACAGAGAUCAAGGCAAUGAAGAAAGCGGUGAGAAGCAGCUUGGGGCAACUGACAAACAGGACACAGAGGAAGGCCAGACUGGGUCACUUUGCCCGCAGUGUGCCGGAGCUGGCUGUGCGCCCUGCUCUCUGUGCCACGGAAGCAAACUCUCCAUGUUUGCCAACCGCUUCAAGGAAUCCUUCAGGGCAAUAAGGUGCCCGGGAUGCGACGAGAAUGGAGAGCAGCCGUGUCAGAACUGCGCACACUGAAGAGACUCGCGCAAGCCUAGGUUUUCGAUACGACGCCUGAUUACC